AUGAUGCGAAUUGUUGUCACUGAUCUAGAUUAUAAGAAGCGAACGGAACAAAACAAGAAGAACAGAAGAGGCGGAUCCAUGGAAAAUGUCGUUGAACCGACCUACUUUCAAGGUUCAAUGUCAGCUGUACAGCAUGCUAAAAGGAUGGCAGCACAAAACCAAGGCCAAUUACCAAAUGCCCAUGAUCUUUUCUUGAAGACACACUUCAAGAAAGUGCCUGGAAAAGGCCAAGUGGCUGCCAACACUAAAGCAAAAUGGAUUGCGGAAACCUACCAGAAGAAGCUCGAAGAAACAAGGAGUCAGGGGAUUCAGAAGAGUCCCAAUGAGUUGUACUGGGAGACGGUGGGUGAACGCAAUAAGAAGGGUCGUGUGAAAGGACUUGGCCAAAGUGCAGAGCUCUACUAUGGCAACCGGAUGGGUCGAGCUUCCCGUUCUUCACAGCAAUACACGCUGUCUGUCAUUCCUCAGAUGCAAGACCAGAUGGAACACAGGGUGCAAGCUCUCCAAAAUCAAAUGGAAGCCGAGAUGCAAAGGUGA